UGGUAUAGGCAUUGCGGUUAUAAAUAAUUAUAGUUGCUAGUUUAUCAGAAGCUAGUCUAAGAAUAGAAGACUCGUAUAAAAUACAUGUAUAGUUAUUUACCGAUAUAUAAAUCUAUAGUUGUCCUAUUGCUUGCUAAUGUGUGGAUGUGUUUCUCAAAAAGUUAAUGCUGUUUAUCCUGUCGUGCCUUAGAGGUAGGAAUGGAGUCAGCUCAAUAUAGUGAUGCAAGAGUACCAUGUAAAAUAUGUGGACGAAGCUUUGCCCCUGAAGUCUUGGCUAAACAUAACAAUGUUUGCAAAAAGACUGCUGCUUCUGCAGCCAAACGCAAACCAUUUGAUUCUUCAAAGCAGAGAGUUAUUGAUGGCGAGCUUUCAUUGAAGCAAAUAAAACAAGCUCAGAAAAAGGAACUUAAACCUCCCAAGUCUCACUGGAGAGAAAAACAUCAAGACUUCAUCAACGCUGUUAGAAAUGCUCGUGGUGUGCAGGCAGCUAUUGACUCUGGAGGACCACUGCCACCACCACCCCCACCUUCUAUAAACCCUGACUACAUUCAGUGCCCAUAUUGCUCUAGAAGAUUCAGCCCACAGGCAGCAGAUCGUCACAUCAAUUUCUGCAAGGACCAGCAAGCACGUCUCCCUAGGAGCAAACCAAGUCCUGCAGCCACAGCCAAGCAGAACACUAGACUAAAUUAUCAGCCACCCAAACCUAAAGCUAAAACAAGUCCUCCUGCUGCUGUCCCACCGUCCAGUGUUCCUGCUGCCAGAGGAGGAGCCAAAGCUCCAGCUCCUAGAGGUCGUGCUGCCCCUGCACCAGGCAGACGAUUUUAAGAUCAAGAUUUACAGGAAAAGGAUAGGCCUAUAUUUAGUUGUAGAAUUGUUGAUUUGUUUCAUUUCAUUUUUCAUGUCACAAUGCAAUGCUGUGAUACAGGCAAUCAUAUUUUGUAAUAAUUUAUUCACAUUGAUGUAAGCUGUUUAUGUGGUUAGUUCUGUGUGAUCAUAUUCAGUCAAGAGUUAUCAAACCUGUUUCAACAUUUAAAAUACUUAAAACACUUUGUGUUACAUUUUAUAUUAUUGUAAUUCAACUAUUUUCCCCCUACAUUUAUUUAGACUUAGCAUUUUUAUCUGCUUCUAUAUGGGAACAUUUUUGUUUGUGUUACUGUAUGUAUAGUUUUAUAUGCUUAUCUGUGGUUUGAUCUGGUUGGCUAUGUCUGUUUUCUGAGACAAAUUCAUAAUAAAUAUUUUCUUUUUUUUUUUACACAAUCAUAAGAUACAAAUAAUAAGCCCAGUCAUCUGCAGUUCAAUCACCUUUCCAUAAAGUUAAUUUUUUUGAUGAGUAUUUUGUCUUAGCCUCUUAUUGAAAUGUACUUAGCAUUUCGUAGAGCUAUUCUACAAGGACAUUUGUUACUAUAUGACAUCAACCAUAUAGAUGUGCUACCUUUAUAGACUUCCUCCCCCCCGCAAAGAACAAUCUACAAUUUUCCAACUAAGAAAAGGACACACACCACUAUUAAAUUACCACCUGAACAAAAUAAACUCCACACAACUCCCUCUUUGCAGACACUGCGCCCACCCCUUUGAAACCAUAAACCAUAUCCUCUUUGAAUGCCCCUCCCUAAUCCAACUUAGGCAGACCCUACUUCCAAUACAGCCCAACAUAACCAACACCCUGUACAGCAGUGAUGAACAACUGAAGAAAACAGCACACUUUUUUUCCAUGGCACAGUCUGCAAAAGAGCUCACAGCUCAGCAAAUCUGGCUAGAAGAAGAAUAGACUCAAAUUUUCAGUCUGAACAUGUGCUACCUCUAAUGACUGUAAAUUAUGAACAUAUCAAUCAGUGCCCAUUAAAUCAUUUUUGACAUAUUCAGAAACAUACAUACAAGUGUAGCAAAGAGCAUUUGAAAUAUAUAGACUACUUAGAUAAAAGGUAGCCUCCAUCUUAAAAAGGAAAAUUCGUUAUCAAAUACAGAGUAGCAUUUGUUAUGGUUACUAAGAUACUCAAACACAUAAUGAAAAAGAAAAUAUACCAAUAAUCUGUGUAGUCUAUAAGUUCAAUGUUUUAAAAUUUUUUCAAAACGGUUAUAAAAUAUGUAAAGGUCUUUGUGUCUUUGGUUUGAAAUGUCAUCAACCUAAAAGUACUUUCAUUUUCAUCAUUAAAUAAAACAUAAUAGAAAUAAUUGUGCAAAUAGAAUCUAGAAAGUAACUCCAAAUUCUGAAUUUUUAUAUUUUUUUUAGUUCUAGAAGACAAAGUAACUGAAGACAUAUUGAUUAAGCAACCUUUAUCUUUUUAUUAUAGCAUGUGUACACAUUAUUAACAUUUAUGCAAUGUAAUUUGAUCCGCUGUAUAAAUAUGCUUGACUUAUAAAGGGUGAAGGUCAUGAAUUUUGUUGUUUAUUUACACUAAAUAUUUUCCGUCCUUUUUGUUUUUUUACAUUGACUUCACAAAUGUAAUUUUUAUCGUCUUACUUUACAGUAAUUUUAUUUAUUUACUCUGUAGACAAUAAAUUUUGUUUACUAUUUAUUAUAGCUUAUACAAGCCUUUGUUUGUGUUCUUAUAUACUAACUAGCUGAUACCAUGACCUAUCUAGUAUGUAUUGAUUAUAUUGACAAGAACUUUUUUUAACAAAGCCAUUUCAAGUUUUGGGAAAAAAAUAUCCAUUAGCUUUUAUAAAGUAUUAUUUAUAUCAACCAUGUUUAAAAUUCAAAAACAUUUUUAUACACAGGGGCCAUACAAUGAAAUCACUAUUCAAUGUUGUUUUUUUUGAAAUAGCUAUAUAUAUUACUAAAUAUUACUACAUUUUAAACCUUAGAGAGAAAUGAAAAAAAAAAUGUAGAGCUGUGAAAGUUGACCAUUGUAGUCAUUUCUAUCUAUAAGAUAUCAAAGAUGGCUGUGAAGUCAGAUCUUUAAUUUCAACAGCUGAUUACAUUCAAGGUAUGAAUAGGUUAGGCCUAUUUCUGCUUUUGCUCUUAGUUUUUUUAACUAGAUUUUGUUUUUAUUUGCCAUUGGCUAUCCUAUACACCAUGAGGAGUGAUUAUUACUAAUUUUUCCCAUCCUGCUUCAUCAUUCCUAAUGCCUUACUGAAUUUGAAAAGUACUUAGUCCAAGUACAUGGUGUCUUGGACUGGUGACAAUGUUAAUGAAUAAAUUUAUGAAAAAAAAACAACAACCUUAUCUUUUAAAAAGAAUUCAAGUGAAGAACAGGUAGUGAAUGAAUGAGUCACAGACCUUGGCCGUUUAUAUGCAUAGUUUGGCUUAAAUAAAUUUAAAACAAAUUUAAAAAGUCUCAAAUUAUUUAUUCUUAGCCCAACACUAUCAACAUUUAAAAAAAAAAACAUAAAUUACAAUCAGACUGUUAAAAUAAUAGAAAAAAAUAUAAAAAAACAACAGGAAACCAAAUGGAUAAAAGAAUGAGGGAAUGGGAAGGCAGAGUGCAGCUGGUCAACUGAAGGUCCCAGUUAAUUAUUUUACAACAGGCAUAUUAAUACUGAACUUAAUAUGUGGUUUUUAAACAAUACAUACAAGUCUUUAUUUAAAAGUACGUACUACCAAAGUUUAAAAAGUCAAAAUAUUUUUAGAUGACCCAAUAUUUGGAAUAAUAUUCCUAUCUAAAGAGCAACAUACGUAUUAACCCGCAAAAGAGUCAGUGAUAUGUGGGUUGAAAAUAAUUUUAUGGAACAAUUUAACAGUAAAAUAUUAUUUUAUUAGUAAAAAGCACAAGAUAUGGAAAGAUAAAUACCAGUGCUACUGUAUUUCUUUUUCUUUUUAAAGUUUCGCAAGUAAAGUCACUUUGCGUCUAGUGUUUCUAGUGAAUAGUCAUAAGUUAAGAUAUACUUUGAUAUCUCGACUAUUUUUUUUUUGGUGUGGGUUUCAUUGCAAACUAUUGCCCAAAGAAAAUAAGCAAUGUAUUACUGCAAGCAACCAAUUCUAAAUUUCUAAUAAUAUAAGUGGACUGAGCUAAUCAUGGAUCCUAAGUGCUUUCUUUUAUAAAAGAAUGUGUGUGACCACUAAUUCCAAGGAUAGUUUAAUGAAUAAAGAAGAAUGAAGCACAAUAUUUAACAACAAAGACCCAGCUGUAAUGACACAUCUAAUGCAUUUAAUAACAAAGACCCAGCUGUAAUGACACAUCUAAUGCAGAUGAAUCCUCUGCUGAGGCUGAUAUAAAUUUUUGGUGCCUGCACCGAGUCUUACCAGUUACUUUUUUGGGGGGACAAAGUAACUGAUAUGUAGAUAACACAACAUAUGGCAUUGAAUUAUGUGGUUUAAAAUUAAAUGAAGGCCACAGCAAUACAUGCCCUGAGUAAUAUAAUGGUCAAAUAAAAGAAAUUUAACUGAAUAGAAUCAUAUAUUCUUUAAGGACUAAACAAGUUUUAAGUACAGCAAGCCAAUUUGGCAACCCUGAUGAAAGAAAAUAGAUAUUGCCAUUACAUUUUAUUCAACACAUUUUCUCAAUCUACAAUGUAAUACAAAAAGUCACAUUUUCAAAAAACAUUAGACUUGAUGUUAGUGAAACAAGAAAAUGUCAAUUUCCAUGUUUUCCGUUAAUCAUUUUUUAAUACCACAUGUGUCAUAAAAACAAAAGAUUUGCUGUACUAAAAGCUAGUAAAUGAAGUUGCAGUUUAUUACAUAAUCCAAAACAAACAUUUUGUGUUUUAAUGAAAUGAUGAUUUGACUGAAACAGUACUAACAGUAAAAAAAAAAAAUGUAGUAUCUUAUCUUAUCAAUUACAGCCAUUCCUUCAAAGAAGAUAAUAACAUUGAUGGUACUUGUAGAUUAUUUUCAAGAACAGGUUGACUGGAAAAAUUCAGAUAUUUGAGUGAAUACCACUGAAUAAGGUGAACUCAUUUAGUUUUUUAAUAAAAUGUAUGAAGGAUCCUAGGUAUCACAUUUAAAGACCCCAAAACAAACAGAGAUAAGAAACAGGGUUACUGCAGCGAUUGGACCCGAUGAUGACCUGCUAACUAUUGUUUAAAAAAGGCAAACUAAAAAUCUAUGGCCAUAUAACAAGGUCUUGAAGGCUCAAAAAGACCCUCCUACAGGGAAAAGUACCAGGGAAAAAAAAAAAAGAGGAGGCAGACAGAGAAAGCGUUAGGAAGACAACAUAAAAGAGUGUACAGGCCUGCCGCUGAAAGAGGUUCUAUCCAAGGCAAAAGACAGAGAGAGAUGGAGAGAGACAGUCGACAAAUCUUGCGUGGUGCCCCAACUGUCCAACAGACUAAGGGUGAAAAAGUAUGAAUGUCCAAUGUACUCAUUGUAAAUUUAAAAAAAAAAAAAAAGAACAUACAA